UUUUUUUCCGCACAGAUGUUUUCUCUUUCGAGGCUUUAUCUAAUUUUUCUUUUGUCACAAGGAGUGAGGUGCCACAGAAUAAGUGAAGACUGCUUGAAUUUGUUGACGCCGAUGGGGGACAAACUUCGAAAAUGGAGAUAUCGUCGAGAUUUUUUAAAAUUAUUGCAUAGCCGAGAAAAUAAUGCCGAAGCUUCCAAAUUUCUGAAGAUGCAUUCUCAAUUCACAGAUAACCUUGUCAAACGACUUGGGCUAGAGUAUGAACUCGAAGGACAUCAAGGUUGUGUGAAUUGUUUAGAAUGGACUGCAGAUGGAAAGUAUCUAGCAUCAGGUUCAGAUGAUACAAAUAUCAUUUUAUGGGAUCCAUUCAGGCAUAAAAAGCUGCAAGUCAUUCCAACCAAUCAUAUUGGGAAUAUUUUUUCUGUUAAGUUUUUAGGAAGAACUUGUACCGAAUUAGCAACAGCUUCUGGCGAUUGUAGAGUUCUUGUCCAGUCAAUUAACGAUGCUGUUACAAAGGGUCCUCCAAUACUGGAAUGCAGCUGUCAUGUAAACAGAGUCAAGCGACUUGCAAUAUCCCCCAUAGAACCUUCCUUGUUUUGGUCAGCGGCAGAGGAUGGAUUGGUCAUUAACACUAGUUUACAGCCAAUUUACGACUGCAAUGCCAAAGAACUUUUAUUUUGUAUAUUUUUUUUUAGGAUAGGCGAUCUUUACAAUGCUGCCCGCAAUUUUCUUCAUGUCAUACAAUAUUGGCCCAGUAAAAUACAAGCCUAUACUGGUCUAAUAGAAAGUUUGAUUGAACUGAAGUGGAUAGAGGAGGCAAAAAAAUGGAUCGAAUAUUUCAGCACCCUCCACAUGAACAACAAUUCUCAUCCUCAGGUAACACUUUUGAGGACAAAAUUGGAAAAACUUGAACACGUCAAUCUGACCAAAGAGGAAGGUAAAGAUGCUUCAGAUGAUAAAGAUCGCCUCCCGAGGAGGGUGGAUGAUGCCGAAUACAAGAAAAGAUUGGAGUCAAAGGAUUUCGAAGUACGGUUUUUGGGACAUUGUAAUACAACUACAGAUAUCAAAGAGGCAAAUUUUUUAGGUGAAGAUGGCAACUACGUAUGUGCUGGAUCAGAUGAAGGCAUUAUUUUUGUUUGGGAACGAAAGAGAUCAAAAAUUGUAACUGCAUUAUUUGGUGACUUGUCCAUAGUCAAUUGUAUUCAACCUCAUCCAAGUAUGUGCUUUAUUGCAUCAAGUGGAAUUGAUUCUAGUGUUAAACUUUGGUCACCUUUGCC